ACGUAAAUCGCACAUCCGGUGCGGGCUAGUAAUAUUCGCACUCACCACAGAGACUAGUGCGCACGUCGGCCAAAGAGAAACACAACAUGUCGUAGCCAAAAUACGAUGUAAAUGUUGCUAGAUACCACUGGAUACUGCUAAAUACAUAAGCGUAAACUCUUAACAACUGUUUCUCCAGCUUGAGGAUUUCUUGAUUCGAUCUCAAUCAAAACAACUGACCUGAGGUGAAACUUGAAUGCAACAUAAUACGAUGAAACAAAUUCACUUUUGUCUUGUUUGUUAUUGAAAUUGGUUGCAAACAAGACCACACUUUUCGAUGAGUGGAUGUUGUGGAUGUAUUUUUCGUAGGCGCCGCCGCCGGGAUGCCCAUGGUGGAAGUCGAGAUUCUAUCGUGCCGAUUGACAGGGAUCAUUCCUUCAAUAUUCUGUCCAAUAGCGGCCAUGAAAACAGAGGAGUUCAACUUGAUGAGGGAGAAGUUGGAGUGAUGCGUACACAACUUAACAGCAAUGGAAGGCAUGGUGUGAAUCCAUUGGACUUAACCACCGAUUUUAGAGUGUGUUACAUAGGAAUGUUAAAGGAAACCCAAGGUCUACCGCCCUCACAAGAAGACCACAUUGACCUCAUUCAUGUCCUUGAUGCAGCACAGGGUGAAGGGAAGUUUAAAUCUGCUACUGAUGAUACCGAUCCUGUUCGACUUACAUUAUCAAAAUAUGGCAUCAAAGUGAGUGACGGCCACCCCCAUGUUGAUAAGCUUGUACGUAAUCGAUUCAGGCUGGUGGAUGUCAUACGAGUUGUGCAUUAUGAAGAUGAUAUUGGGAGGCAAUUACUUGCUGUUAAAGUUAAUAAAGAAGCAGAUAAUGUAUAUGAUUGUAUAGUGUUUGAAUGCGACUCUCAGGCCCAAGCUAAGGCCAUCUGUAGUACCUUGAGUGUGAUAUUUGAUGCAGUAUGUCACAUGAAGUUAUCAAAUAUGGACAAUUCUCAUCUUAAAUUCCAAAUGAUGUAAUGAUAUAAGUCGCUGAAUCAGGUGCUUUUACCAAUCCAAGAUGAAUAUCGCAAUACUUAAUUGAUGUUUUACCUUUGAAAGCCAAGUAGGCUUUGAUUCUACUUCAUAGUGCAAUGUAUCUUAUACAUUAAAAAGAUUAAUAUCUUUAUUAUUUACUGCAUAUUAGCAUUACCUUGAGAAAAACAUCUGAAUGUGAAAAUCCAAAGGAGCAUACAGUACCAGCUUGGACUUGGUACAGUUGGUAGAGCAACCGGAGAGUACUUCAGGGUUUCCUGGGUUCGAAUCCCAGGGGAGAAUAUGAUUUUCUCAAAAACUUAUUGUUAUUCGUUUAUAGUCUGUUUAGAUACAAUAAUAAUGUAAACAUUAAAAAAAAAAAUCAGUAUAUGAAUUGCUUAUUAAAAUGAUAAGUUAUUACUUUUUACAUUAUAAGUCAUAAUGAGAAAAUAGUUACCUUGCCAGUUGACAUGUGCAUAUAACAAGCCCCUUAAAUUUGCUGGCAAUCAACCUUAAGCUUAUUCUACACUAUCAAAAACUGUUAUAGGCCUAUAUGCCCAUAUUUAGUCACAAUGUGCCUAUAUGAUGUGAUGUCAUAAUGACCAUAUUUUAGGCAUGUCACAUGUCAAAUAACAUUUACUAGUCUGGACAAAGCUUUAAGCUUUGUCCACCUAUCAAAUUUUAUGUGACAAAUACAUGUGAUAUGCCUAUAGUUGGGUGUAGCAUGACAUCAUGCCCAUAUAUGGGCACAUCACACAAAUUUGUCACAUAAGAUAGUAUGGACAGAGCUUCAGGAUUUUUCUGACCUGUAUCUCAGUUUUUAACUUUUCUUUUUAUCCUUUUAAAAUAAGGCCAGUUUCUAACAAGAAUGUUUGAAAGUUUCAAGAAUUUAAUACAUCAUUAUAUAUUAAAUUGUUAUUACUGUAUAGCAUGUCCACAAAGUUAUACAAGAGUGUUAAAAAUAAAGGUUUUACAUCUGUCAUUCAA